CCUGCCUCUUCGGCUGUGCGCAGUGCGUUGGCGAUCCCAAGUGCACGGCGCUGCUGUGUCUACGGUUGCUGGAGGCUUCGCCGCGCCGCCGCCGCCGCCGCAGCCUGUGUGCAACGCGAAACCAAUUUCAGUGUGCGAGCGAGGAACUCCCAUUUCGCUCAUCGCUCACGUAUCUUCACAGAAGACGCGGCGGCAUUCGCUGCUGCUGCUGCUGCUUCUGGACGUCGUUUGCCGCACCGCCCAGCCGCUGGUACUACCGGUUCCCCGCCGGGCUCGUGGCUCCUUCUUAACAGGAUCGCCGCCGAGGAACACACCCUCUCGUGUGUAACCACCGCGCAACGAGCUCCACGUGCGAUCGCGAACGCCGCCGGUUGUUAAACGUUCGCCGGCGCGACGAGACGGUCUGACUUGACCACGCCGACUCGGCAGGAUGUGGCUACGGGUGGCGGCGCUCAAGAAUCGCCUCAGCUCGCAGCGGAGAAGGAAAGGGUCGUCCCGCGUGGCAGAAAAAGCCGGCAUUCCGAUCCAAGGUUCUCCCGGAGUGUACAGGCGCCGGGAGUCGGCCGCCAUCGCUCUCUCGAAUAACCAUGUGCAGCGAGUUCGAGAUCAGGCCGCUAGGCGGGGAAGCAUCGUUCCCGAUCUUCUCGCUGUCAAAAUGGCGGAGGCGGGCUGCACGUCGAGUUCGUGGCCCAACCUGAAGGAGAAUUACGAGCUCGGCGAAGUCAUCGGCGUCGGUGCCACUGCCACAGUUCACACAGCGUACUGCAAGCCCAGGAAAGAGAAAUGUGCCAUCAAGCGCAUCAACCUGGAAAAAUGGAACACAAGCAUGGAAGAACUCCUGAAAGAGAUCCAAGCAAUGAGUGCCUGCCACCACGAAAAUGUGGUCACCUACUAUACUUCUUUCGUGGUGAAGGAAGAGCUCUGGCUCGUCAUAAAGCUCCUGUCUGGUGGCUCCUUGCUGGACAUCAUCAAACACAAGAUGAAAACAGAAGACUGCAAGCAUGGCGUCUUUGACGAAGCCACCAUUGCAACAGUUCUCAAGGAGGUGCUCAAGGGUCUCGAAUACUUCCACAAUAAUGGCCAGAUCCACAGAGACAUCAAAGCUGGAAACAUUCUGCUUGGUGAGGAUGGUGCUGUCCAGAUUGCAGACUUUGGGGUGAGCUCGUGGCUUGCGACUGGCGGUGACCUGUCAAGGCAGAAGUCCAGGCACACAUUUGUCGGCACACCCUGCUGGAUGGCACCCGAAGUCAUGGAGCAGGUCACAGGGUACGACUUCAAGGCUGACAUUUGGAGCUUCGGCAUCACAGCCAUCGAGCUGGUGACGGGCACUGCACCUUACCACAAGUAUCCUCCCAUGAAGGUGCUGAUGCUGACGCUCCAAAAUGACCCACCCACGUUGGAAAUAGUCGGGGAAGACAAGGACCAGUACAAAAACUAUGGCAAGUCAAUACGCAAGAUGAUUAGCGAGUGUCUGCAGAAAGAUCCCACCAAGAGGCCUACUGCAACAGAGUUACUGAAGCACCAAUUCUUUAAGAAGGCAAAGGACAAGAAGUACCUGAUGCAGACACUGUUGACAUGUGCUCCCACAAUAGAGCUUCGAGCGCAGAAGCUUAAAAACUGUAGACGAGUUCCUGGCACAAGCGGCCGGCUGCACCGGACAGAGACGGGCGACUGGGUCUGGUCAGACGGAGAGGAUGACGAAGACUCUCCGGAUGAGAGGGACCUGGCAGCGCGAGAUGAGGCCAUCCUGAAGGCAAACCAGUCGACGAGUUCGUCGGACAGCGCCAUUGAUAAUGCCUUGCCUGCUGACCACGAGACGACCACAUCCGGAACCUCCUCUGGCUCCACAUCGGGGGCACUUGCACCAAGCAAUCUCAUUCCCACACAACCGCCACCACCAGUGCCCGAGUCCACAGGACACAGUGAGACACCUCAACAGCAACCUCCUCAGCAGCCUUCUGCAGCCGCAAUCUCAACUCCGGAGACCGUCAACCUCGUCCUCAGGAUAAGGAAUCAAAGGAAAGAGCUUAAUGACAUCCGAUUUGAAUUCACACGUGACAAAGAUACUGCUGAUGGCAUUGCCUCGGAGCUUGUUGGAGCAGGCUUGGUUGAUGGGAAGGAUGUUGUUGUUGUGGCUGCCAACCUGCAGAAGCUGAUUGACAACCAGAUCAUGAAGACGACCACAUUUGCCUUGAAACAGACACCCGAGGAGGCUGCUGUGGACACUCCAGAUGACAAGGCGCUCAUUGGUUUUGCUCAACUUUCAAUCGUAGACUAACCAGAGCAAGCGUUGAAAGUUGGCAGAAACCCCGCGCGCCCCGCCGCAGAGAAGAAAAAGGCAGCAGGCCCACGAACCACACCGCCUUACACGAUUGGUCUUCGUCAGUGAGCGAGUGCGUAUCUGCUGCACGCAAGUGAUGCGGGGAGGAGUGGCAGCAGCGAAGUGGAGCAGGAGUGUGACACCGCUGCUGCUUUCUUCUCUCCUAUUUUUGUAAAGUGUAAAUUUUCGGUCAUUGAAUGCAAGGAGAAGGCAGGUUUUGUAGAAGCAAGGAAGCCAGCAACAAUGCAAGAAGCCGCUGCCGACAACGUGGUGAGGAUGUGCGACGGCAAACCAUGCACACAGAUGGACACCACGGCUUCUUUGCAACCUGCACAUACUUUUUUUUUUUUUUGUAAGGAGCCUUACUACCCUCCCACCUCACUUUUUUUUUUCGUGUGCCCGCAUACAUAGGCCAUGCCAUUCAUGCAAGUCUCUCCCCCCUUCUUCUCAUUCUCUAGUGCCUCGCCAGUCAUUGCUUCCACACUUUGGGCUGGGCGAGGCAUGUUUGAUUAUGCAAGUGUGUACCAUAGUCUUGGGCAAGGGUGCUGCCUUCCCCCUCUCCCUCUAAGGGCGGUGUGGGAAUGCGGCAGGGGUCAGUUUAAUUUAUUCAGAGGCAGUCAUAGACAACAACAAUAAAGGCAGAUUUCAAAGAAA